CUCUUUCUCUUUCAGGUCCAACACCAUGAGGAAGAGCUGGGCUGCCUGGUACUGGGCCGUGGUGCUCCUGGUUGCUCUCGUCAGCGAGCCUGCCUUUUGCCGCAGGGGAGGAGGGAGAGGAGGCGGCGGCAGCGGGGGCAGCAAAAGCGGAGGGUCAUCGCGCGGCGGGUUCCACUCUCUGCCAAAGAGCAGCAGCAGCAGCAGCAGCAGCAGCAGCAGCAGCGGGCAAAGCUCCAGCGGCAGCCGCGGCGCGAAGAUGGCAGGGGCUGCAGCAGUGGGGGCAGCGGUGGGAUACGGCCUGAGCUCCCUCGGGAGGUCUCGCUUCUCCCGCGGAGGGCACGGCACUUCCUCAGCCGGCAAGCAUAUGUCGCAGCCCGGAUUCCAGAACCCCAACUGGUCGGAUCCCAUGAUGGAAGGCGGGCUCUACAGCCAAGCGCCCAAGGACCGCCGGGCAGGGACCCUCCUGACCUUCUCCCCGGUGGUGUGGGGGGUCACCUGCCUCCUGCUCCAGGGCUGAGGCAGAGCCCUGUCGCCCCCAGAGA